AUGACCGACGCGGAGAUACCCACGCACCUCGCGGGCCCGCCGGACGUCCCCGACAAGCGCGUCUUCGAGCUCAAGGCGAAGAUGAACGCGCUCACGAAGCGUCUGCUCGCGGCGGAGAAGCAGCGCGACGACGCGGUGGAGGCGAAGACGACGACGAACGCGGCGAUGAAGUCCGCGGCGCGCGAGGCCGAGGAAGCGCUCGUCGCGACGCGGCAUCGCGCGGAGCAGGCGGAGAUCCUCGCGAGGGAGAACGCGGCGCGCGCGAUCGACGCGGAGACGCGCGCGGCGGACGCGGAGCGAAGAGCGGCGCGCGCGGAGGCGACCGCGCGCGAGCAGUCCUCGCUCGUCGCCGCGCUUCGGGAGGAGAUCGAGACCCUCAAAGCCGUGGGCGUGACGCUGGAUGACGACGUCGACGUCCUGCGCGCGAAGGUCACCGAGCUCGAGGUCGGCGUCCGGACACGACGGAGGAGGCGGAGGCGGACGACGCGCGACGCGGCGGGGGACGCGCCGCGGGGGGAGGAAGGGAGGGACUGA